GCAGACCAGGAGGGGACCUUCACUAUCCGGCUGCUCCAGACCUCCACCUUCCAAAACACCUCCUUCGUGGACACAGAGGGACUGGGCCUGCUGGAAGACAUCGAGCUCGGUUCUCUUGAUAAGCACACCUGGACCAUCCGCUUCUACCAGCCCUGGGUGCGCCCAGCCCUGCCCCGCAGUGACUGGGAUACCAUUGAGAACAUGAUCAAGAUCUAUUUGCAGGAGUUCAACCACCUGGUCAAUGAAGGUGCCAUGCAGAAGCAUGUGCCCUACCCCUUCGUGGCCCAGUGCAUGGCGGGCUGCAAGCUUUACCCGAACAGGACCUCCGAGGCCUUCGCCUAUGUAGGCUACAAUGGCCAGGACUUCCUCAGCUUCAACACAGACAAUACCAGCUGGAUCCUCUCCCAAGACACCGACCUGUCACGGUACGUCUGGGCCGUUCUCCAGAACUAUACCGCCUUCAGAGAGAUCCUGGAAGUCCUCUUCAAUGAUACCUGCAUCGAUGACAUGGAGGUGUUACUGCGCUACGGACAGGCAGCUCUGGAGAGACAAGAGCUGCCCGUGGCCACAGUCUUCGCCCGCUCGCCCAGCCCAACCCAACUCCUGCUGGUUUGCCGCGUCACCGGCUUCUACCCACGGCCCAUCAGCGUGGCCUGGCUGCGGGAUGGCCAGGAGGUGCCACCGGGCCCGGCGCUCAACACCAGCGCCAUCCUGCCCAAUGCCGACCUCACCUACCAGCUCCGCAGUGUCCUGGCCGUGGCCCCCCGUGAUGGGCACAGCUACGCCUGCCGCGUGCGCCACCGCAGCCUGGGCACCCGCAGCCUCCUCAUCCCAUGGGGGAACUCAGAGGUGGUGCUGAUUGCAGGGCUCGGGGCUGGGCUGCUGGCAGCUGUGACCGUGGCUGCCAUCACGGCGCUUUGGGUGUGGAGACGCAGUCACUGCUGCUGCCGCUUCAGCCUUGCUGCGUGCACCAUGCAGGCCCCUCACCUCCUCCUCGUCCUCUUUCUCCCCCUCCUCUUCCCCGGGAUGUGUGCAGACCCAGAGGCAGAGCCACAGGUUUUCCAGAUGCUCCAGACCAGCCUCUUCACCAACAUGAGCUCUGCCGAGGUGUACUUGGUGGCUUUCCUGGGGGACGUGCCCAUCUUUGCACUGGAUCCUGCCAACUGGAGCAUCCACUUCCAUUGGCCCUGGGCCCACCAGGCUGCAGCUGAGGGUGAGACAGAGAAGAUCAUGUCCCACAACAAAAUCUUUCUGCGCAAUAUGGUUCGAUACGUGCACGAAAUGGCCCAGAAGGCGCAAGUGGACUACCCAUUGGUGGUCCAGAUCCGUGUGGGCUGUGCGCUGCACCGCAACAGGACAAGCUGGGGCUUCAUGGACAUCGGGGAGGGUGGCAGAGACUUCAUAGCUUUCAAGGUGGAGAGGCAGCGCUGGGAGCCCCAGCAGCCAUCCCCGCUAGCAGACCUGGUCAGCAAGUCCCUCACCAGAAUGAAGGCCGUCACAGCGCUCCUGGAGCACCUCCUCUCCAUCUCCUGCCAGAGCCACAUCCUCACCCUGUGCAGGUAUGGGAAGGCUGAUCUGGAGAGACAAGAGCUUCCCGUGGCCACAGUCUUUGCCCGCUCGCCCAGCCCAACCCAACUCCUGCUGGUUUGCCGCGUCACCGGCUUCUACCCACGGCCCAUCAGCGUGGCCUGGCUGCGGGAUGGCCAGGAGGUGCCACCGGGCCCGGCGCUCAACACCAGCGCCAUCCUGCCCAAUGCUGACCUCACCUACCAGCUCCGCAGUGUCCUGGCCGUGGCCCCCCGUGAUGGGCACAGCUACGCCUGCCGCGUGCGCCACCGCAGCCUGGGCACCCGCAGCCUCCUCAUCCCAUGGGGAAACCACAGCACAGCUCCAACCAUCAGCAUCACCAUCGCAGUGCUGCUCCUUGUGGCCGCAGCCUCUGCCGGGGCGUUUUGGUGGUGGAAGCGCAGGAAAGGUGACAAGGCCACAUGGGAGACCCAGGAAUUCAUCAUUUGAGGCCUGGCUGCCCACAGAGCAACAAGCUCCCUCGCCGCCAGCUCUCCCUGCUCAUCUCUUGUCCCAUCCCUGACCCAUCAGCACUGACAGUGGUUUGCUGUGGAAAACCACCGCAUU